AUGGGGAAUAAGAAUUCAUGCUGCGUGUACCAUAGUCCAAAAAACCAUAGCAAGAAGGCAGGAGAUGCAUACAUCUCCCAGCGCUCAAGGACGCCAGUUGACGAUGAAACUGCCAGUAACCACACACAGCCUUUGAGUACAGGGUCAUUGAUGGCUGUUUCGCAUAUUAGUGAACGGGAACCAGAAGACAGUGACAACGAUCCGUCAAGCCAUCCUGCUGCCAAACCACUGUUUUCCUCAAAAGCUGAAGGGAGAAUGAAGAGAAAUACCCGGUCCAGACGCAGAAGUCAGGUGAUUGUUACAAGUUCUGGGCACAAACACCAUAUAGAUGAGUACGGUCAAAUCCGCAAGUUCAGCUCCUGCUCCACUAUCUACAUUGAUGACUCCACAGUGUCCCAGCCCAACCUCAAAAACACCAUCAAGACAGUGGCACUGGCCAUUUAUCUUCACAUUCGCAACCGUGCUCCCUGUGAUGCCGAGAAGGAGAAGAGACUAGCAGAUCUGGAACCCAAUGUGCUGCUUAUCUUCGACGAAAAACUUCACCCACUUUCGAAAGAUCCGGUCCCGGAUGAUUACCAGAAGCGGGAUCCUGAACAUAAGAUUGUAUAUCGAUUCAUCCGCAACUUGUUUCAUGCAGCGCAGCUCACUGCUGAAUGUGCAAUUGUUGCCUUGGUGUACCUGGAGCGGCUGCUGACAUAUUCAGAGCUGGACAUUAAUCCUGGCAACUGGAAGCGAAUGGUUCUCGGCGCCAUUAUUCUGGCAUCAAAAGUCUGGGACGACCAGGCGGUGUGGAACGUGGACUUCUGCCAGAUCCUGAAAGAUAUCCAAGUGGAUGAUAUGAAUGAGCUGGAGAGACAUGUUCUGGAGUUGCUGCAGUUCAACAUCAAUGUGCCAUCGAGCGUCUACGCAAAGUAUUACUUUGAUCUCCGGGCCCUGGCUGAUUCUCAUGACAUCAUUCAUCGUCGUGACCCGCUGGACAAGGAGAGGGCUCUAAAGCUAGAGGCAAUGUCCAGCAUUUGUGAGGACAAGCUGAAACUGUGGCACAGAAAGAAUCACCAGAGAAUUGCUUCAUUGGACAGCCACAUAUGGUCACAGCACCGCCCCAGAGCUGUUUUGUCCUGA